AGAAGGAAACAGCGACAAGCGGGUCACAGAAGAAGAAGAAGAGAGAUGGCUCAAAGACACAGCGAUGGAAACAAACUCCUCAUGAUGGUGUUGUACAUGGUGGCAGCGUGCAGCGCCGUCCCCAUCAACGACCUGCUCGACCGGGCCUCUCAGCGCUCCGACAGACUGCACUCCCUCAGCACGACUCUCAGCCACGACCUGGACUUUAAUUUCCCUCCUAUAGGCCGGAUGGCUAUGCCCCGCCCCUCAAUGUGCCACACCUCCUCUCUGCAGACACCCAGUGACAAGGAACAAGCUCUACAAGUAUCAGAGUCCGAUCUGCUGUCAUUGGCUCGCUCUCUGCUUCAGGCCUGGGCCGACCCCCUGGUCGUCCUGUCCACCUCUGCUAACACCCUGCCUCACCCGGCCCAGAGCACCAUCUCCAACAAGAUCCAGGAGCUGCAGGAGCACACCAAGAGCCUGGGAGACGGCCUGGAUAUCCUGUCUGGAAAGAUGGGUCCAGCGGCUCAGCUCAUCUCCUCACUGCCCUACAGAGGAGGCAACGACAUCGGCCAGGACAGGAUCUCCAAAUUGGUCAACUUCAACUUCCUGUUGUCCUGCUUCCGCCGCGACUCGCACAAGAUCGACAGCUUCCUGAAAGUCCUACGCUGCCGGGCAGCAAAACUGAGACCGGAGAUGUGCUAAAAAGUGACGCAGCUCGCUUGGUUUUUCUCACAGCUUGUAUUGUCUACCAACUGUAGAUUAGCACGUUAGCAAUCUGCGAUCUGAGCUGAUAUUCUAAUUACUGAGUAGCUGGCAUUAUGAGCCUUCAGGAGGUGAAGAUGAGGAGGAGUUACAUGACACACAAGAAAUAAUGAAGUGACACCCGUUGGUCAUCAUGGUGCACAACACAAUCCUCAGUGUGAGGAGAAGUGCAAAAAUAUAAUUAAAUUUUAGGUCUUGUUGAUUUUGAAACAGUUGCCUCGUAAAUUUGCAAACGGGGGCAAAAAAAAAACAGCUUCCUCAAAGGUCAAAGGUUAAAACACAACUGUUAUCUAGUCUGGCUAAUGUGGACAAAACAGCUCACACACUUCCCCAGAUGUUUCCAGCUGGUCUGGCGUUAUGAUCUGACCAUACGUGGUCACAAACUGGUGUGUCAUCGCUCCUGUGACUCCUUCUCGUCUUCUUCUUCUACUAAAGCUUUCUGUACUCGCAGCAGCAGCAGGUGUGCUCUAUGAAACUCUUCAGUCUUCACACUGGGACGCUUACAGUGAAGUAUAACUCUCUCUUCCUAACUGACGCUUGACUGAUGACACACUGCAGCAUUUGCACUUUAGAUUAAACUUUCUUGAAAGAAUUUUGAAUGUGAUUCUUAUCAAUUUAAAUAUUUCUUUGAAGUCUGCAUAUCAAUAAAAAUAAUCUCUUGCACAGUGAAA